UGAGCGACGGCCACGGCUAGGCUUGCUGAAACAUUUGGUGUUCUCUCCGCUUCUCUUCUCUGGGAAGAAGCGUGAGCGUUGGGAGUGAGGAAGGAGUCAGUCGGGGUCCUUCAGCGGAGCGACAUGGGUGCGUUCAGCGGAAGGCGGAUUUUGCUUGGAACUGUGAGCUGCACACUCUUCCUGGCUGUCAACAGCUUAUACUCCUCCAGUGAUGAUGUUAUAGAUCUAAACCCAACAAACUUUAACAAGGAGGUCAUUCAGAGUGAUAGUUUAUGGCUAGUAGAGUUCUAUGCACCAUGGUGUGGCCACUGCCAAAGACUGACACCUGAAUGGAAGAAGGCUGCAACAGCAUUAAAAGGUGUUGUGAAAAUCGGGGCAGUUGAUGCAAAUAAACACCAAUCCUUAGGUGGUCAGUAUGGAGUAAAAGGAUUUCCCACUAUUAAGGUAUUUGGUGCCAACAAGAACAAAGCAGAAGACUAUCAAGGGGCCAGGACUAGUGAAGCUAUCGUUGAUGCUGCUUUAAGUGCUCUGCGGUCCCUGGUAAAAGAUCGUCUUAGUGGCAGAGGCGGCGGUUAUAGUUCUGAGAAGCAGAGUGGCCGAGAAAGCGGAGGCUCAGGCAAGAAAGAUGUGAUUGAUCUGACAGAUGACACCUUUGAUAAGAAUGUUUUGAAUAGUGAUGAUGUCUGGCUGGUAGAGUUUUAUGCUCCCUGGUGUGGACAUUGCAAAAAUCUGGAGCCAGAAUGGGCAUCGGCUGCAACAGAAGUGAAGGAGCAAACGAAAGGAAAAGUUAAACUGGCUGCUGUAGAUGCAACAGUAAACCAGGUGCUAACAAGUAGAUAUGGGAUCCGUGGAUUUCCCACAAUAAAGAUCUUCCAGAAAGGAGAAGACCCUGUUGAUUAUGAUGGUGGAAGAACAAGGGCGGAUAUUGUUGCUCGUGCUCUGGACCUCUUCUCAGAGAAUGCACCAGCACCAGAACUCCUGGAGAUAACUAAUGAAGAUGUUUUGAAACAAACUUGUGAUGCUCACCAGCUCUGUAUCAUUUCUGUCCUGCCCCAUAUUCUUGACACAGGAGCUGCAGGGAGAAAUUCCUAUUUGGGAGUCAUGUUGAAAAUGGCUGACAAAUACAAAAAGAAGAUGUGGGGGUGGCUCUGGACAGAGGCAGGAGCGCAGUCUGAUCUUGAAAAUUCCUUGGGAAUAGGAGGAUUUGGAUACCCUGCCAUGGCAGCUGUUAAUGCUCGAAAGAUGAAAUUUGCACUUCUUAAGGGAUCUUUCAGUGAGCAAGGGAUUAACGAGUUUCUGAGGGAACUUUCUGUUGGCCGUGGCUCUACAGCACCAGUAGGCACAGCGGCUUUCACGAAGAUUAAUACAGUAGAGCCAUGGGAUGGCAAAGAUGGUGAGCUGCCAGCUGAAGAGGAUAUUGAUCUCAGUGACAUAGAUCUUGAUGACUGGGAUAAUAACAAAGAGGAAUUGUGAGAGUUUGGAGAAUUAUUUUUCCUUGAGAGACUUUGGGCAAUAGUUUGAUGGAACAUCACAUGGUGAUAUACCAGUGGCCUUUUUUGCUGAGAUAAAAAAGAAGUCCUCUGCUGUAACAAACACUGGAAAGUGAACUCUGUGCCUCUCAAGAAAACCAUCUUAAAAAUUCUAUGAAUUUUUUUGUAUCCAGUAAAAAAUUGAUUGUAUCCUGUGCAACCGAUAUUUUGAGGACAACACUGAUCUUUCAUUGAAAUACUCCUUGUUUUGGCUUUUGUCCAGCUGGUAUGUGCUACUUGACCAUGACUUGAGAUUUUGUUGUACCUAGUUUUAAAAUGUGAUAUCUUCUCUCCAAAAGACAGUUGCUCUAGUCUUCAUUUCGGUGAAAGAAUAAAACAAUAUUUUUGA